CCCCAACUUCCCAAAGCUACCACGGCUGCGGCUGCCGGCGUUUGUUGGCCCAGAUGGGACGGGGUAGACUGGAGUGGGUAGGCUUCCCCCAAGCCUGCCGCGCCAACUGCUCCAGGGCAGACUGGGGAGGAAAAGGGUCUAGCCGGGGCUUCAGGGCGUGGCCGGAGGAGGGGGCGCGCGGCGAGUGUGCGCGGGGUGCGCGCGCGAGGCCCGUGUGAGCGCGAGUGUGAGCGCGACGCCAUUCCCCGUGACGUCAGAGUGUAUUGUUGUUCGCGGGGCCGAGCGGAGCAUCCCCCAAGCUGUCACCGCGGCCGCCGCGCAGCGCGAGCCCCGCACGAGCCAGCCCGGCCCGCGCCGCCCCCGCCCCCGGCCCCGCCCCCGCCUCGUCCCGCCACCCCCGCCCGGCCCCGCGCGCCGCCGCCGCGCGCCCCCACCCCCACCCGCCGCGCUCCGUCCCUCCCGCCGCCACCCGCGCCUCCCCCCGCCGCGCGAGUGCGGGUCACCGGGUCACUGGGUCAUUGUCUCGGCGCCCGCACCCCGAGCACCCGCGGAAUCCCCCCCACGUCAUCCUCAGCACCAUCAAUGAGAUGCAAACAUGAAAGACAAGAGGAAGAAGAAGGACCGCACCUGGGCCGAGGCUGCCCGCCUGGCACUAGAAAAACACCCCAACUCCCCAAUGACAGCAAAGCAGAUUCUGGAGGUCAUUCAGAAAGAAGGCUUAAAAGAGACAAGUCUGGUUUCAGACCCCGGCAUGGCUUGGAGACAGCGUUGGUGUGUAUGAAGGCUCUUCCUGGAAUGAAGGAUUUGGGACACCUUUCCAUGAUGAUUGUAUUAGAGCCUCAGCUGCUUUCGUGGUGGUCAUGAGGUGAUGCUGAACCGAAUGCUUGAACUAGCAGGAGUGGCUGGGAUUGCAUUGGAGUGGUUCCGUUCAUUCCUUCCGGGUAGGUACCAGGUAGCAUUGUGGGUGAAAUGGACAUUGAGGGACUUCCUGUAUGGAACCCCACAACAGUCACUCACUUCCCCUGUUUAUAUUUAGUGGACAUGAGAGAGUCACAGGAUGCCCAGAGGCCAGGUGGUGUGAGCUGAGUGAUUGGGUCAAAGGUGAUGAGAGAGAUUCCUCAACAUAACUCACUCAUAUCUGUCAUUUCUGCUUCUCCAGUGUGACAAUUGCAAACUAGUGUGGAAACUCAGAAAGUGGGCUGAGUUGGGAAGUGAAAAUAUGAAAGGCUAUAGAGUGCUUUUUAAUAUCUCUGCUUGAAUUACAUCUGUCAACUGUGGCCAUAUGCUAUACACGAAUUUAUCUAAUCAUGAAAAUCCUUCUGUGGUAUUAGGCAGAAAUGUUUAUUUUUCUCCCUGGAAUAUCUCCAAAUCUUCUUCCCUGUGAAUAGUGACUACACGACCACGGUCUUCUUUGUACAAGUUGUAGUCUGCUCACUCCCUGUUUGUUUAGGACUCUUUGAAGGAUACUCUUUGAAGCCUUGUUACAUUAAUGAUUACCUUUGAGGCCAACGGUGCAUGUAUUGUUUUUGUCUUCACCAAAAGCAUAUUAUGAUUCUGGCUGUUAUACCAAGAACCAAAUUGGAUUGUACCUUUAAGGUAUAUUGAACCAUGCAUCCUGCCUCUAAUAUUCCUUGUGCUGCUUAAGCACUGUAAGUUUUUUUUUUUAAAGAACGUGCUAGAAUGUUUUGCAUAUUAGAUAUGUUCCUUAGAAACUCGGUGCUUCUCCUUGGUUGUUUUUAUGCACAUAUUGUUUUAGUUAUCUUCAUGCAGAGGAUGACAUGUGUGUUGAGUGUUGAACAUCAGGAAGUUCAGGUGGAGACCUGAAAGGAAACACAGAUGUGUGUGUCUGUAAAUAUCGUUAGAGCCGCUGGUUGAAUGUCAGCCUGGCGAAAGAGCAGGAAACGCACAUUUGUGCAGUGAUCAGUGUCUAGAGGAGGGCCAAGCACUUUCUCCUUUUUUCGUUCAUUAAAUCCUCACAGAAGCUUGGAGGAGAUGUGUGCUGUUUCUUCGUUUUACAGAUGAGGAAGUUGAAGAUAAGCAAAGUUAGGUAUGUGGCCCGAGUUCUCAGAAUUUCACUAGGAAGAGAUGUUAUGUGAGCCUUGGCUUGUUUUUACAUCACAAUAGGCUACACUCUAACGUUAGAUUUUGGUCCCCAGAGAGGGGGACAAAGAAGAAAAACAUGCCUAUUAGGAGGCAAGAACAAACCAUGGAGGAAACAGGAGACGCAGGAAUGCGCUAGCUUACUGUUUAUUUUUGAAAACUUACGGCGCUUGCUUAAAACUCCCUUUGGACAAGCCCUGACAAAAGGAAGCAUUUUAGGGUCAGCAAAUGUUUCCCCAGUGAGAGGAACAGGUUUAGAAUUUGGAUUUUGAUGGCUUUGCUCUGACACUUGUUCACCGUGUGUUAUUGAAAAUGAAGUAAUGAUACCUUAGGUUGCAGCUUAGGAAACUAAUAAUCAAUGUGUAAGUCACUAUUCAAGCAAAUCAGUGCUUGAAGGCAAACACCAGGCUAUUACAGUUUAUAAUAGUUUUUUUUAAAAUAUAUAUCUGCACAUUUUUCCCAUGCAGAGAUAUGUAGAACAAAGUGUAGAGAAUUUGGGUAUUCUGUUUGCGGAUGUUAUGAUAGUUCUCUUCAUCUCCGUGAAGUGUGGAGCCCAUCACGUGGUUUUGAUGUGACUGAGUAGCUCUCACCAUCAAAAUGGAUUCACCAACCCCCUCACUUGAUAAAACCAGAUCUGAUACAGCCCGGGACUUAAACGCUGUCAUUUGGCAAUAGGAGGUCCGUUUAUUUAAGUGGUCGUAGUUCGCCGCUUACAAUAUGUUGCUACUGCCCAUGCUACUGGCACCUGAGGGUGCAUUUGAUUCACCCACAAACCUCUGUAAACUGAGGCCUGCUCAGCACCCACAGUGUCUUGGCAACCUAGGAAGUGGUUUUAGAGAUGGACACAGCACCUUGAGAUAUCCUGACUUAGCUAUGGUGAAACAUUGAUUUCGUGGAUGUGGGUGGCAAGCACAUAAAGGAACUAUUUCCUGAGAGCUUAACUAAUGGGGCAGUGUGAAGGCUCUGGAAUAUUAACUCAUGUUCAGUGAGUACAGUGGACCUUUCUGUACUUAAUGUCUGACAACAGUCAGAAGCAGGGAUACCCCAAGUCCUAGUGUUUAGGAAGAUUACAAGAUCAAGGCUGAUUGGAGCACUUCUACAUUUACAUGAGGUAGUAUUCGAGAACAGCUAUUCUCUCAGUUGCCCUUGGUCAUUGAAGUGGAAGUGCGGGUUUGCAGUGGUUUUUCUUGAACUUUGCCCUCAGCUAGUCAUUCUCUUGCUUCCUACCCAUUCUCUCCCUCAUCCUGGCUGGAGUGAGUUGUCCUCUUGAGAAAUUCUUUGUGAACCUGGUUGGAAUGAUAUUGCUGUCAAAUUCAGUAUUCAAAGGUUUGUUUUAUGCAAAACUGCAUUUCUCUUCAAGAAGUUAUCAAAAUACAUAUUCUCCCAAGGAAGAUAUUAUUGUAAAGCGAAGUUUGUUUACACACACACACACACACACACACACACACACACACACACACUUUUGCCUACACAAUUACACAUACACUUAUACACACACGUACGUGUGCACACCUGCACAUGUACAUACAUAAUUAUACAUACACCAUUAUACAUACAUACAUACACACAGACACACAUGCCACAAUGACUAUAUAUACUUUUUAAGUAUUUGAUUUGAUCAUUUCCUCACUCUUCUUUGUCUUACUGGGCACCCAUUCUCCACCUCUGAAAUAAGACUGUUGCUGUUGGUUUGUGUCAAAGUCCCUGCAGGCGACUUCUGUCUCUCCCGUAUCCUUUUCGAAGAUGGUGUACUUAAGCAAAAGUCAUGCGAACUAUACCUGCUUUAGACCUGAACUUAGUUGCUGUGUUUAUGUGUUACAUACUAAGCUUGGGAAGGGAAGGAACACUUGAAUUCACGUGACUUUGUAUUAAUACUUCCUUCUCAAAAGGGAGAUUUUAUGAGAAGCCUUACCCUGAAUUUAAGACUUGUAUAAAAUAGUUUGUCUUUUUAUUAUAUAAUUCUAUUCAAAUUUUACAGAUGUAUUUUAUACCAGCAUAAUGCUAUGACACUUAAAUUUCAUCAAACAUUUUAUUAAGGCAUGUUUAUUAAAUAUGCUCAUAUGUCUAAUAAAAAUUACAUCAGUAAACAAAGUAGCUUGAAAAUAAUUGGUCAUAAAAAGAAAAAGCUAGCUUAAAUCAUCGUUAUGCACACCAGUCUUAAACAGCAAUGGCUGUUCUAAUUAUUUUUAGCUGUUUCCUUUAUCAAACAUUUAAAGGUAAAAUUUUUCUCAUAGCCAGCAAAAUUCUGAGCUGAGUUCUCUUGACAUUCUGCUGAUGAAGGAAUUUUAGAUGAGGACAGCCAGAGAGAGAAUGCUAGGAGGAAACAGAUGGGAAGAAAUGGACAGGGGAGUGCCUCUCUUUCUCUUAGAGCUUGGAAGAGCCAUGGCAAAUGAUAUAUUCUUAUUGAACUAUUGUACUAGUGGGUUUGACGUUGGCAAAGAGGUAGCUAUGGUAGAAAAUUCAGAUACCAGGCAAUCAUACAUUGGUGAAGAAUUAUGAGAAUUAUAAGACCUUCCUUGAAAGGGGAAUAACCUUUAAUGGCUGUGAAGUACAAACAGAAGGAAAACAUCCCAAAGCUUCUUCUUAUGCAUUUGUAUAUGAAGAAUUGCAGUAAAUGUCAAUUUAUUCAUGAGUAAGACAUAUUAGUAAUAUGUUAAAUGUGUUAGAAGAAAUUAUUAAGAUAAUAAGGAAGAGCAUAAUGACCAUAAAACUUCCUAGCACAGACACAUGCACCAAGAUGGGCUAAUGUAUAAAACACAGGAGUAAACACGUAUGUGGAUCACCAUGUCAUCUUAUUACUACUACUAAACAUAAAACAAAGCCAUCCUUGGUGAUUUUUGUUGGUUUAUGUGUUUAAUUAGUUAAUCCAUUAAUUAAUCAGAUUAAUUAUUCUAUUUGUGCACUUUUAUCUCCUAAUGAUACUCCUAGCCAUUCAGUUGUUAUUGGUAAAGGUGGAAACAAACUAAUUCUUUUUAAAACUUCUUGGCACUUUUCACAGAAGGAUCUUUACAUAACCCAUAUCCUUAUGAUUUAUUUCAUAUCUACAAAUAUAUUUUAAGAACAUUAGAUUGGUUAUAAAAAAAAGAUAGAGAGAUCUCAACCAUCACAUAUUUCCAUAGUGCAUACAUUUGGAUGUCCACCGGUGUCGUCAGUGGGACCAUUCAACUGCACGCAGAGAUCAUUUAGAAAGAUUAGCAAGAACGGUAAUAGCGGGCCUCGCUGGUAUUUUGUUUUUGCCGUUGUUUAGCAGAUAUGAAACCCUGAGGUUGGCAUUUUAAAAGUUCCCCUAAAAUUCUCAUGUAUAGAAGAAUUGAAGACUACUGGGUAAGAAAGAAGCAGAUAACAAAUCAACAGUUUAACAUUUAAUUUAUGGUCCUUUUAGAGCAGUAUCAGAAAGUUAUAAAAGUUAAAUAUUCUUGGGCAGUGUAACUUUAAAAUGGGAGAAAGCAAAGUAGGCUAGAAGAAAAUCUGCAAAAUGCAAAGUUUAAGAUAUUCGAGGCACUGUGAUCUGGGGUGAUUUCUCUCUUGUAUCCAUGGGCAAAUGUUUAGCGACAGGCUUGCAUUAUUUUCAAUAGCAAAAUUAUAUUAAGAUCUUACUGGCAAGAUCUUGGUUACUUCGUAUGCAUAGGUAAUUUGAGAUCAUGUACUUUGUUAUGUAUAUUUAAUAAUGUUUAAUGAAAUCUUUAUAUCAUUUCCCCCUUUCUUUGAUGUCAGGAAUACUUGAAAUUUGUGUUUUGAAGUUUGGAAUAUAAUUAAUGCAAGUGAAUAAUUUUUCUCCUUUUUCCUCUCUCUGAGGUGCCUCAGGUGUCCCCAUCUUAAAUGUCUUCUGUAUGUUGAUGUCCAAGUGUUACUCUCCAAUCCCAACAUGAACUCUGAUGUGUGUAUAUGAAUUCUGUUUGCCUGUCCUUAAAGUACAGAAGUAAUUCCCCAUUGCCUAAAGACUUCCUCUUCAGUGUUGUCCACCUUAAUUAAGGAUAUGGCAGUUUUCCUACAAGACUGGAAACAAUGCUAAAUCUCACCCCAGCCAUUACAUGCAUUUAUACUGCAGUUUACCUGAAGUCCUGGAAACAAUCCCAAAUUUCAGCUCAGCGUUUACCUUGUCGGUGCCUUUUAUGUUUGGCUGGAGAGAGAACCCAGGGCCUCACCCUUGCUAGGAGUGCACCGUGGCACAGAGCGAAAUGGAUAGAAACUAUCCACAAGUUCUUCGAGUUGUCCUCCACAUCUCUGCCCUCACGCAUCUCCACCAUGGUUGCGGUGGUGAAAUUCUUUCCCAUCUGUAAGCGUUCUGAUCCUACGGGUUCCUCGUUGAUCUGUCUUCUUGGUUUAUCUAAGUUGAAGUUUGACUUCAUGCUGAAAUCCCGUCAUGUACACUGUCAUCUUCUGCAAUGAGAGGAGGCUGAUUUUUUAAAUGAUUAUAUUGUGUUAGCUGGGCAUGGUGGAUCAUAUCUUUUCUCCCACCCCUUGGAAGGCAGACACAUCUAUGAGUUCAAGACACCCUGGUCUAUAAAGUAAAUUUCAGGACAGGCAGGGAUAUACAGAAAAAAACCUGCCUUGAAAGAAAAACAAAAUAAAACAAAACAAAAAGAGUAUACCAUGUUUUCCUGAGCCCCCCGUAGUUGGCUUGGUUCUCAGCACUAUAUCAAAGUGCUUCAUGGGGUGUUCUGUCCUGCCCAUUAGUUUCUCCUUCAUGUUUUCCACCUAUUUGGUGGAAAACAUUCCCACCCUUUAUCAGAUCAGCAUAGGCUUAAAGAUUGGUACUAGCCAUCAUUGGCUAAGUACUUUUGUUAGAAGGUAGUUUCCAAAAUUUUUAAUGGACACAUCAAAUAAAAAACUCAACUUUUGAAAUUUGUUUCUGAAAGAGAGCUAUAUAAUAACCAUCAGUUGUGUACAAGUUUCCUUUUCACUGUGUGAAUGGAUAAAAUAACAUGCAAACUAAGUAUGCUAUAUUAUUUUACUGUUUUAGUGUUCUAUGGUAAACACUUAAAGUGUUACACAGUAUGUCUACUUUUAUAAGAUAUUUUUAGAAACAUCUAAGAUUCUAUUACUUAUUAAACCCCCAAAGUAAGACAUUUCUUUCGGAAAGUCUUCCAGACACAGCAAAAAGACAAGCCUGUCAUAAAGCAAUGACUAGAAGAGAUGCCUAUUCCCUAGUAUUGAUUGAUUUAUGGAUUUCAAUAAAAAGAUGUAGUGCUCACUGCUCCUCGUACAAUGUGUGGGAUUUAUUCUUGGGGUGGGGGGUUGUGAAGUGUUGAGAAGACUUUUUAGUUGUUUAUAAGAAAGUACUUAAAUACUUCCCAUGGCAAUAAAUACUUAUUUCUUGUAUAAAAUAAUCAUUAAAAAUAAAAUCAAGGGAGAAUAUAUGAUAUGAUUUAAGGAAAAAUGUGAAUAGCAAUAAAAAUCCCUUUUUUCUAUUUUGAAAAUGAUUAGAUACUUCUAUACUAAGGAAAAAACUAACUUGUUAUCCACACGUGGAGAUGGUUUCACACUUGCUUCUGAUUCAUUAAAGAAAUUCCAAUAGAAAGAGUUGAUUUCUCUUUGAAUUCCUUCCUUUUCUCCUCAGAGGCAACCAAUAUCAAAGCUUUACUAAGUAUUAUUAUACUGUAGACUCCAUAUUUUACUGUGAUUACCUAAAUAAAUAUUUAUCUAUAUUCAUAGCUAUAUGUACUAAACAUUUAGAUCAUUUAUAAUGUUUUUCCUGUAAGUACUAUCUCUCAGUGAAAAUAAGAUUUUUUUUCUGGAGCUUAUAUGGAAAUAUAAGAUUGUCGAUCUACAGAACAUGUAGAGAGAUUCUUCACUGGAUAUUGCCAAAUGUUUUUCCAAAUUAGGUUAUACCAGCUUAUAUUCUUAGACGAAUAUUUCACAAAGCCAUGUCUGGAUAGCCUCAGCCAAUUCUUGGAAUCACGAAGCUUCCAAAUUUGUUCUUCUCUAUAAAUUGUGAAAUGUUAGUUUAUCAACAUUUCCUGAAUGUGCGAGGAGCAUAGAGAAUCGUUAAUAGAGUCAGAUUGCCAGCAGCAGCAGAGUAGUGUCAGAGCGGCCAGAAGCUAUCACUGUCAGAUCAGCGUAAGCUGUAUAGCCGGUGGUGGGUAGGAAGAUCAUGAUGGACAGGAGAAGCCAUUAGUGCUAACAAAGAACACUGACACGAGAGAAACAUACAGUCAAAUACCCAGUUAGAAUCCACUCUGAAAAGCUGGCAGUGUACCAAUUCCAGAUUGAUUUAAAACCUUAGCUAUAAAUGGAUUAGGGGAUCUCUAAGCACUGGUUGAGCUCCUGAGAUCACUCCGUGGGUGAAGACACUUCCAACUAACACUAAUCACCUGAGUUCAGCUCCCAGGGCUACCACGGUGGAAAGAGAAAAUCCCACUCUUACCAAUCACUUUCUGUCUUCCACACUUGCUUAAUGGUACACAGUCACACGCACACACAUACCUACGCCAAAGAAGUUAAAAGUAAAUGCAGUAAAAUAAUUGAAAACACCGUACACCUAUGUUCUUUUUAUGUGACAGAUGAGGAAGUGACAGGUUGGGUGAAGUUAUCUUGUCUCAGGCUUUCUCUUAUUCAGAUAAAGAUGUAAGCAGGACAAUUUUGCUUCAUUUAACAUAGCAUCCCAUGGUUCAUCUUCAACAUUUGGUGCAGGGGAUUCUGGGAACUUAAUUUUCUUCCCUCUUCUCCUUCUAGGAUUGGUUUCACUUUGCUCUGGCUAUCUUUAUUCUCUGAGCUCCAAGGAGGCUAAGCAUACACGAAUUACUUGGUUUUUUUGUGUCUCCAUUGCUAAUAUUCCAACUGAAAAUUACUUAUGUUGUCUCUAUAUUUGUAUAUUAAUGUUGCAAAAAGUAUGCAAAACUCCCAACCACUAUAACAACAGGGGUGGUUUCAUCCUGCUAGCUUUCCCGGUGGGGAAACCGAGACUGGUUUUAUUGAUGGCUAUGCUGGAAUCAUUAAUAAGGAGAAGGGAGUCAACCUUCUAGAUACCAAGCAGACUAGGGUAAAUAUGUUAUGCUCGCGCGCAUGGCAGCCCUUUCUUUUAGGCUCCUUAUGGGGUUUUCAGACUGAUUGGAAGUGAUGAGGCCAUGAGCGUGAGCUGUAUAAACAGUUUUGGAAGACAACACACAAGAAAGAAAUGAAGCUUUGAGACCGUCCUAGAGGAAACGGGAUCUCCUUGGAGCACAAAAUUGUUUCUAUGUGUGUGGUAGUUAGACUCUCCGUUAGAAUUUGUAUUUUGAAGGCAGAAAUUAAGCAUUGUUAAUGUAAGUGAUGAUUCCCAACAAAUGGCUUCCCCUGGGCCAAACCAUAGUCUUGAGAGCCAUAGUCUCAUGGCAACCCCCUGAGCAUAGUUGAGCCACUGGGGAGGUAGAAGCUGAGAUGGGUGCCAAGUACAUCCUAAGAGACUCAAUCAUGAGCGCACUUGGUAGUUCCUCUGUAGGGAAGGGAAAGUCAUCAAUUAACAAAAUCAGUCUCUGGUCGCUAUGGCUGUAGGAGGAGAAAGAUUGCUUGGUUAAGUGUGUCGGACAAAUUGAAAUAGGAGGUGCUAAAAUCAGGGAGGACAUUUAGAGACAAUGGAAUGCUGCUCUUGUGAGUGAGGGACAGAGUGAAUCAGAGUGUGUGAAAGUAAAGAAUGUGGAUUUAAGAUGAGCUUUAGUAAGGCUUCCUACACAAGAAAGGAAUGGAAUAAUUUGAGGUGCUUUAGUUAAGGGAGGCGAGAGAAGGAACCAGCAGGACGCAGGAGAAAGGUGUUUUCCCUGCACAGUGUGUCUUCUGUGAAGGAAAUUCUGAAAACAUGCCAUUCUCAGUUUUGAAUAGGUACAUUUUUCAGCUACCCAAAGUUCGUAGCUAUAUCUUUUGAUUUUUAAAAUCUGUACAGGAAGAAUCAUCACAUUGCAUCAUGUUUUGCGAUAAAAUAGAUGCUUUAGGGACUAGAAAGAUGGCUCACUGACUAAGGAAUGUAGAGAUGGCUAAAAGGUUAGGGCUGGGGAGAUGGCUCCACUUGCUGCCCUUGCAGAAGACCCAGCACAUACAUGGAGGUUUAGAACUAUACCAAACGUUAGAACCAGUGGGUCUUCCAUUGUCCUUUGGUCUCCACAGGCACUAGGUACACAUGUAGUGUAUACGCGUACUUGCAGGUAAAACAUCCAUACACAUAGAAUUUUAAAAUGCAUCUUUGAAAAAUAGAUGUUUUACAUGCUUUUAAAAAGACUAUUAUUUUGGCAAUACAGCUAAAUAUUUCUUUUAUUGUAUGGGUAAAUACCACUACAAAGUUAAAAUGUAUUUUCCUGCAACUUUGAUAUGUACUGUUGAUUUAUUUGGUUAAUUUGGAUGAGGGAACAUAAAAAGUUGUUUUCUCUAACACCAUUUUUGCAGUAUUUUUGAAUCAUGGCUUAGUAUAGCAUAGAUGGACGUGGGACUGUUGCAGUGUUUACCAUUUGUCACAUGGUAUAAAAGGCUGAGAGUUAUGGGUGGAGCACAAUAUGUGCUUACAGUUUGCAAUGACACCAAUCUAUCAUGUGGGGCUUAAUGUCUGCCCGCUGGUGUAUAGAAUUCAGUAUUUUAUUUUCCCAACAUCAAUUUUUGGAAAUCUGUAUUUGGGAAUAUGUCCUUUGGCCUGCUGUGGAUAGGGAAUGGGGGAAUGGUACAAACUGUCCAUGGAUUGACUGUAGCUGCAUUUGUAUUAAGGGCAGUCAUCCCUUUGGAAUACACUAAAAGCAGUAUUUAAAUUCCAAAUGAUUUUCCUCUGGUUUGAAACAUGCCUCAAGGCUGCCUCUCUCUCGAGUCCCCUGUCCUUUCAUAUGUACUCAGAAAAUUCAUCUCAGCUCAGCAUACAUUUCUAUUAUGUGCAAAGCACUGUCAGAGUGUAAAUUUAUUUGAGGAUUAGCUUGACUUAUAUAGGGUUUGUGUAAAUGUUUGUUCAAUGAAUAGAAUUUUUUUCUUUAAUGAUCUAGUUCUACAGAGACAUCUCAAUUAUGGGUCUGGAUUCUCCACUCUGUUUUCCCUAAGCCUUUCGUUCCCUAACGUUCAUGACUAGCAUUACCUGAGGAAGACAAGCAACCGUUACCUACUACAGACCAGCUCUUUAUAAGAUCCGAAACCAACCAUUUCCUAAGGUUAAGCGAAGACAAGCUCAGAAAACUUAACAUCUACAGAAUGUGGCUUUUGUUUGUGUCUUUCAUUUCUCCUUUUAGUAUUCAGGGGAAGGGGUAGUUCUGUGGUUUGAGCACCAGACAGUUCAGAGAGCAUGGGCCUGGGAAUGAAGUCAGAAUUUGGUCUGGUACUUGGCUGUUAUUUGAUAUCUUUCUUAGUGUUCAGGCUUCAGUCACAGCUGUAAGGCUGAGAUUUGUGCUAACACUCUAUGGUGACUGUAAGGAAUAUGGAGAAUAAUUUCAAAGGCCUAGACCAGCUAUUGAUACUCUGAAUAUAUGAUGGUAAUAAUAAUAGACACCCAUUGCUAUCUUUCUCCUCAUUUAAUUUCUAUAUUACAUAGUACAAGCUAUUCACCAAGUUCCCCACGUGCAGGUGUUACCUUAAUUUUUACUAUGAGGUAAAAAAAAAUAGAAAUUAAAUAGAGCUUUCCCUAGCCAAGUUUUACAUGAGUUCUGAAAUAUCAAUUUCUUUCCACAUUGAUAUUAUUUGACCAUCAAACAGUUGCUUACUUUUAGUAGUAAUGGUAGUAUAUGAAGUAAAUAGCCCAUCUAGCCCUUGAAUACUUACAACUCACCAGCAUAGUUCUCUAGUACAUCUAUGUUUUAGCUCAACCCCAGAGGAGUCCUUCUGAUACAGUAACUUUUGUCAUUCCCAUUCUGUAUUUGAAGGACCUACGUCAUGAUAGUCCAACUAAAUAUGAUACACUUAGCCAAUAGUCUAACCUCAGUUGUACCUCAAUGACCACCUCUGGAGUCUUCUUACUUUUUAUGUUUGACUACUUUUUGUAGUAGUCCUGGUGCCAUGGCAGUGGGUAUCAGUGUGUGAGACAUUUACCACUAUCAAUUUGCCCUUGUGGCAUAUACCCUACAAAAUGUCUGCAAUUGGCAGGAACAGCCUUGCCUUACGUUAGGGGUACUCUUUGAAAUUUAUAUAAUGAACUAUAUCUUUAUAUUUAGAAUGAAUCUAGAAGACUUCUUGCUGCCCAUAUAGAUACUAAGUUAAACUAGUAGAUAAACUCUUGUCCUUCCACAGAAGAGUUUACUUUCCUCGAUGACCUAUCAGCAUAGUAAGGAUCUCUGUGAAUUUCUGCAGUCCGUCAGCCAGUGACUUACAGGCUUUAUAAAGUGGAGAAAAUUCUAGCCUCUAAGAAUACUAAGGUACUAAGAAGAACAAAGCUGCUAAGGAGACAUCUCUCCAUACAAGUCAAUGGGCCAUCAGAGCUGUGCGUUAAAUGCUUAAAUCUGAAAUGUCUUCUUAAAAUGUAUGCAUUAAGUCGGAACACAAUUAAGUCAUGCCAUUUCAUAAUUACCUUUUGCCGUAGUAGCUGUAGUUGAUAAAGGAGCAUUAAGUCUACAUUCGUAACUUUCCCUUAGAGAUAUAAUAAAUACUGAAAGUCACGGAAGAGCUGGAAAUGUAACUCCAGUGGUGGACUCCUUGCCUAACAUGCACAGAGCUCUGGGCUUGAUGUCUUGCACUGAAAAAUUAUGAUGUAGAUAUGUUCCCAUAUAAAUUUACAACAUGUCCUCCUUUCAGCCGUGUCCUAUUUGAGUCACUUUGGUUUCUAUUUAUUUUAUACUUUUCUGUAUUCCAGUCUUGUUAUUCCCCACCUCAGACUCCACUGAGCUCUCUGGAGACUUCCUUCCACAAAUCAUGUAGAUUCUGUUCUCAAAAUCCAAAUAUCGGGGUGAUUGCAGUCCUGUGAAAUGCACAUUCCGGUGGUGUUGUUCAUCUGUCAUGGCCUAGGUGUUUUACAUGCAUAGAUUAGUCACAUACUGUAUUCAGGGGUAUCUAGUUUUGAAGGUAUUUCAGUCUUUACUGGCAGUAAUAUUUCAUAGUAGCAAGUUAAUGUGCUCUUGAUUUUCUGGGGUGAUUUCAAUCAUCUACGUUACUGAUGUAUCACCAGCGUGCCCUGUGUUAGUCAGGGUGCCUACAAGGCAACUCUUUCACUGGCAAUGUGACCAAUUCUUCUCCAUUGGCAGGCCCACGCCUGGCAAGCAUACACAUCGCCAAAAUAACCAAAGAUGCAUUAUUUGUCCUUUAACAUUUCAAGAAUAUGAUUUGUAAAAUAUAACACAGUAAACUGUACACUUUCUGAGCAGAAACAUUUCAGUUUUCACCUCGUAAGCCAAAAGAACCCUUAUCUAUGUUUAAACCCAUGACAUGUAUCAACAGAAAUCAUAUCAUUUAUUCUUAAAAAAUGUUCUUUACAAAGUGAAGAUAUUUUCUCAAACCUUACAGUAGAAAUAUUUGUAAGAAGUUAUUAAUAAUUCCUUUCUGAAGGGAGAGUGAGCAUAUAAUUAUUUAUAUUAAUAGCACUCAGCAUAGUUUCUCUCUAAUAAGCGUGCUGCAUAAUUGCUUAUUAAACUUCUUAAGUUUUUAGAUUUACAUUGCAUAGCAUUAAUUUUUAAUAGUCAUAUAUUUGAAAAAUGAGAUUUAAAAAAUUUACCGAAAGCUGAUUCUACCAUUUUAUCAAAAACCACAUUAAUGUAAUAAAAUAGUUUAGGAUUUGUGUGACUUAAAUAUUCUGUAGAAAUAGUGUUUUUCUGUGUGAAGGGAUGGACACCUGUGAUUGAGAUAGUCUUUGUCAGAUCUGUGAAUAUUCUUUCAAUCACAUUUCCCAGCAUCCUUCCUGGUUUUUAACAUUACUUAAAUAGACAAGCUGUCCAUUUAUAGCACUCAGAAUUGACUGUUAGUAAAUUUUAUGUGUUCCAUCAGCAAUUUGAUGAUAGAAAGGAAUGGUUUUUCUAUAUUUCACAUAGCACCAGAGCUCUGCAAAGUGUCUCUGGAGGUUCUUUGAUGUCUAGACAGUUUAAAUUAUGCCUGCUCCCUCCCUCCAAAUUCCACCCCUGUUCUGCUUCAGGGGUUGUGGGAAAUGAAACAAACCAGAAGGGUUCCACAGCCUUCAGUCCAGGGGGAAAAGCUAACAAGUUGAGUGGGCCUACUCUGGCAGGUGUAUAGGAAACUGCCCGGUUACAGGGCCUGUGUGGAGCAAACACCCCGCUUAUUUAUUUCGUCUUAUAUUUUCCAUAUGGAAAUAGACACACAUUGUCAGUAAAGUGGAAACAUCUUAGAAAUAUUAGUGAAGGAAUCAGUCACCCUAUAGCCUAAUGUUUCUAUUUUUCUUCCCAAACUUCCCCAGGCAGCCAAAUCCAAGACUUAAGUCCCACUCUUGAACAUUGUCUUACGUAUUGACAUGGUGAAAUGAACCACUCUUUGUACAAUAAGACUAAUAUUCUUUUCUUCUUUGUCCUUUGUUUUUCUUUCACAAAUGGAUGCCACCGUUCCUCCAACCCAUCCUGUUAGAAAUGGAACCUCUCCCUUAGCCUGUCUGAAUGCCAUGCUUCACACCAACACCCGAAUAGGGGAUGGAACAUUCCUCAAAAUCCCUGGAAAGUCAGGCCUCUAUGCUCUCAAAAAAGAGGAGUCAUCAUGCCCAGUGGACGGAACAUUGGAUCUAGUCUGUGACCCAGACCUGGAUGGCGCUGAGAUGGCAGAGACCAGUGCCAACGGAGAGGAGAACAGGGUGUGUACGAAGCAGGUAAUGGAUGAAGUGUCUUCCACUCGAGAUUGCAGCCUUACGAACACGGCGGUGCAAAGCAAGCUGGUGUCCUCCUUCCAGCAGCACACCAAAAAGGCCCUGAAACAGGCUUUGAGGCAGCAGCAGAAAAGAAGAAAUGGAGUCUCAAUGAUGGUGAACAAGACUGUGCCUCGUGUUGUUUUGACACCAUUAAAGGUGUCUGAUGAGCAGUCGGAUUCGCCUUCAGGAUCUGAGUCUAAAAAUGGGGAAGCAGACAGUUCAGAUAAAGAAAUGAAACAUGGGCAAAAAUCUCCCACUGGAAAACAAACAAGUCAGCACUUAAAACGCUUAAAAAAGUCUGGUUUAGGACACUUGAAAUGGACCAAAGCUGAGGACAUUGACAUAGAAACCCCUGGCUCUAUUCUCGUCAACACUAACCUGAGGGCAUUAAUAAACAAGCACACCUUUGCUUCCUUUCCUCAGCAUUUCCAACAAUAUCUCCUGCUUCUGCUCCCAGAGGUGGACAGGCAGAUGGGAAGUGAUGGAAUUUUACGCCUCAGUACUUCAGCUCUAAAUAAUGAAUUCUUUGCAUAUGCAGCACAAGGGUGGAAACAGCGGCUGGCAGAAGGAGAGUUUACCCCAGAAAUGCAAUUACGAAUAAGGCAAGAAAUUGAGAAGGAAAAGAAAACAGAACCUUGGAAAGAAAAAUUCUUUGAGAGGUUUUAUGGAGAGAGAUUGGGCAUGUCCAGAGAAGAAUCUAUGAAGCUUACUUCUGGACCAAACCAUGAAGGAGCUGAGGGGAGUUCCUCACACGGGGACUCUGGCAUUCCGGGCGCUUCUGCACAGACUGCAUUAGAAGAACAGCAACCAAAAGUCAUGAAAAGCUCAGCUUCUUUGGAGCCUGACUUCUGCACUACCAUUUGCCCUAUGUUAGAAGUUCCAGCGAAAGACGUAAUGACAGAAUCAGAAACAGAAGACAUCUUUAUCCCUGAGGAAUCUGUCAUUCAGGAGGAAGUGGCAGAGGAGGUAGAGACAAGUAUCUACGAAUGCCAAGAUGAGAAUCUUAAGACAAUUCCUGAGUUUUCUGAGGAGUCUAAAAGUCCUGCCACCUCUUGUGAAGAACCCCAGGUAGCAGCCCCUGAAGACAGCUUGGAGUCCUGUGUUGUAAUGAAUGAUAUUUUAGAUACUUUACCUCACAUCGAAGUGAAGAUAGACGAGAAAUUGGAAUGUCCCCAGGAAGAAAUGUCAGUUGUUAUUGACCAAUUAGAAAUCGGUGACUCUCUUGUUCCUUGCCCUUCUGUCACCCAUGUCUUUGAUGCAGAACAAAAGGAUCAAGAAACCACCAUAGAAACUAGCGCUAUGGCCCUGAGAGCAGGGCCAUCUUCUCUGGAAAGCCAACUUCCGAAUGAGGGCAUUGCUGUAGAUAUGGAGCUACAGAGUGACCCCGAAGAACAGCUCUCAGAAAAUGCUUGUAUCUCUGAGAAUUCCUUCUCUUCUGAGAGCCCAGAGGGACCGUGUGCCAGCCUUCCAUCCCCGGGUGGGGAAACACAAUCCACAUCUGAAGAGUCAUGCACUCCAGUUUCUCUGGAAACAACAUUCUGUUCUGAGGUGUCCAGCACUGAGAAUACAGAUAAGUACCACCAGAGAAAUCCCACUGGUGAGAGCCUCCAUGCAUUGCUGGUGUCAGAAGUGUCUCCAUUAGCCACCUCACCAGAAACCUCAGAAGCAUCUCUUAUGUCCAGCCUGCCUCUGACGUCAGAGGCAUCACCAGUAUCCAACGUACCUCUAACAUCUGAAGUGUCUCCAGUGUCCGAUUUACCACUGACAUCAGAAACUUCCUCAGUGUCUUCCGUGCCUCUCACCUCAGAGACGCCUUUUGUAUCAAGUUUGCCAGUUCCUGCAGAGACUUCUCCAAUUUCUAAUUCUUCCAUGAAUGAAAGAAUGGUGCAUGAACAAAGAAAGUCACCUUCAGUGUCUGAAGAAGCUAUCUCUCCACAGAAAGAGGAACCUUCCAUCCCCACCACGCCCCUGGGAGAGAACCUUCUCUCCCACUCAAAGCCUUUGUCCACCAUUCCAGAACCCAUCAACAUGAGUUCUGCUAUGGUGCCUGAAGCAAUUCCACCUGAAGAAUCGCACAGUCAGCCUCUGAGUCAGGAGCCUGGUAACUCUCAUGUUGAAAUGGAGAAGCUCUAUACCCCUUCCAUCCCAGAACUUCCUUCUACAGAAAUGACAAAAGUUAAAAACCAUAGCGUUCUGCAAAGAACUGAAAAGAGAGGGGUGUCCUCACCAUUGGAGGUCCCUGUCUUUUCUGAGGAAACAGAGACCAAGGGAAACGAGCUUCCUCCAGCUAAACUACAGGACAAGCACUAUGUGCCAUCAGUAGAUAAGGCUACGUUUUUAGAAGGCUCAAGAAACAAAGUGCAUAAACAGACCAGUUCUCUGAAUCGAUUGGAGACCUCACAUACUUCCAAAACAUCAGAGCCGUCCAAGUCACCCGAUGGCAUAAGAAAUGAAAAUAGGGAGUCAGAGAUCUCAAAGAGGAAAACCAUGGAGCACAGCUUUGGGAUAUGUAAAGAAAAACGAGCCAGGAUAGAAGACGAUCCGUCACCCCGGAACCUGGCGUCCAGCAGUCCUCCUGAGAAAGAGCAGCCACCACGAGAGGAGCCCAGGGUUCCCCCUCUCAAGAUACAGCUUUCUAAAAUUGGGCCACCUUUUAUCAUUAAGAGCCAGCCAGUCUCCAAAGCAGAGUCCCGUGCAUCCACUAGCACAUCAGUCAGCAGUGGGAGGAACACAGGAGCCAGGACCCUUGCAGAUAUCAAGGCCCGUGCUCAACAAGCCCGGGCCCAGCGUGAGGCUGCUGCAGCUGCUGCAGUUGCAGCUGCAGCGAGCAUUGUCUCAGGAGCCAUGGGAAGCCCAGGAGAAGGUGGGAAGGCAAGAACCCUGGCCCACAUCAAAGAGCAGACCAAAGCUAAGCUCUUUGCAAAACAUCAGUCCAGAGUCCACCUCUUCCAGACCUCCAAGGAGACCCGGUUACCUAUUGUCAGCACUAAGGAAGAAUCUCUCAAUAUGGAAGCCUCUCCUACCCCUGAGACAAAAAUGGAAGGCUCCACUGGUGUCAUUAUCAUCAAUCCAAACUGCAGAUCUCCUAGCAGCAAGCCCACACACAUCCGGGAGACCACCACUGUAUUACAGCAGCCUCUGAACCCACCUCAGAUUCCAGAAACUGCCACUGACUUGUCUGUGCAUAGUUCUGAUGACAACAUACCUGUGUCACAUUUAACUGAGAAAAUUGUUUCAUCUACCUCUUCUGAAAAUAGCAGUGUACCCAUACUUCUUAAUAAAAGUCCCAUCAACCCCAUCCCCAUGUCUGUCUGCAGCACCGCUGUGUCUGGAGCAAUUAAAGAGCAUCCCUUUGUGAGUCCUGUUGACAAAUCUUCUGUCCUCAUGUCUGUUGACAGUGCAAACAGUACGAUUUCUGCUUGUAACAUAAGCAUGUUGAAAUCCAUCCAGGGAUCCGACGCUCCGUGCAUAGCCCUUGUACCAAAAUGUGUCAACAGGACUCCUAUCCCUGCUGCUCCAGAAGGUACUGGACAGUCUAACUCCAUGGAUGGGAAGGCCCUGCUUGUACCCAGUAGCAAGGCUGCUAACCUAAUGUCCAAUCAGUACACUUCUGUGCCAGCGCCCCCCAUUGGAAGUAACUUGCCAAAUCAUCUCUGCACUAGUUCUGUCUUGAUUCCCCCCACAGGGAUUAAUAACAGAUUUGCUUCUGAGAAGAUAGCCAUGCCUGGGAGUGAAGAACAGUCCACUGUGUCCAUGGGGGCCACCAUGAGAACAGCCCUCAGCUGCAGUGAUUCAGUGGCUGUGACUGAUUCACUGGCUCCGCGUCCACCCAUCGCAAUGUUUGCAGGAAACAUGCUCACUAUAAACACUUACAGCAGUCCUCCCAGACUAAGUGGGGAGAGCUUGGACAAGAAUCCAGGGCCUCGAAACAGAACAGACAGUUCUGAGACAUCUCAGCAGCCACCAGGGGCCUUUGUCCCAGCAAGCAUAAACAGGUCAAUUCCAUGUAAAGUCAUUGUGGACCACAGCACGACACUGACCUCCAAUUUGUCUCUGACUGUCUCCAUCGAAAGUGGAGACUCAAGCUUGGAUUCCCAGACUAGAUCAGUGAGGACAGACGUAGCCAUCCAGCCUGUGGCAUGUCCUCAGGUGUCUGUCAUCAGUAGACCUGAGCAGGCCGCAUGUGAAGGGCUUGACCACGGUUCUGUUUUCAUUGCUGCUUCUACGGCCAAACAGGACUGCAAGCCACUGCAAGCCACCUGCACUGGUCUCCGAGAAUUGCCCCUUGCUCUUCCAGAUAAACUGAACGAAGUGACAACACCUACUCAUGGCUUUGCUGAGCCAGCACGAAACACAGGUACCUUCAAGAAUGGAACAGACACAGCCUGUAGCAAUCAGUAUAACCCAGGAAACCGAAUUUGCUGGAGUGAAGAGCCAAUGAGAAACACAGCACAGCCCGUGGUUAGUCAUUCAGGCUCAAGUAAACAGAAAGAACAUCCAGAGCCGACUGGCCUGAAGGCUGUAAAAAUGGAACAUGCCAGCUAUGCACACGUGUCAGAUCUCCACCCUAGGAAUCUCAUCACAAACGUCAGUCUUCCUGUGAAGCCCGAACCUCAUGAAGUAGACAAGGGCUUUAGAAUGGACACUGAGGAUUUUCCUGGCCUCGAGCGUCCUCCUCCUCCUCCUCCAGCCACAGAGGUGACAAACAGUGCACAACAAACACAGUCCAUGAAGCCCUCUGCCACGAGCCCCAUGGAAGAAGCUAUUUCCUUGACUACCGACACCCUGAAGAGGCUUCCAAGUGCAGGUAGCGCAAGCUGCCGCCUGUCUUCCGUGGAAGCUAAUAAUCCACUGGUGACACAGUUACUGCAGGGCAACCUGCCCCUGGAAAAGGUGUUACCACAGCCAAGAUUGGGAGCCAAACUUGAGAUCAAUAGGCUCCCCCUGCCCCUUCAAACUACCUCAGUGGGUAAGACAGGGCUGGAGAGAAGCAUGGCGGAAGUGCCAUCCAGCUCUCCAAAUCCAGAUGGUAAGGGCUAUUUGGCAGGGACUUUAGCACCAGUCCAAAUGAGAAAGCGAGAAAACCAUCCCAAAAAGAGAGCAGCCAGGACGGUGGGAGACCAUGCUCAAGUUAAAUGUGAGCCAGGGAAGAUGGCGAUGGAGCCCGAUGUCAAAGCGGUCCCCUGUGUCAUCAGUCCAGGCAUGAGUCAGCUAGGACACAGCCAGCCGUUUAAGCAGGAACGGCUCAAUAAGCCCUCCAUGGCCAACAGGAUCAUGCCCAGCCCUGAGGUCAAACAACAAAAACGGCUGUUGCCUGCAUGUAGCUUCCAGCCGAGUCUGUUCCACAUGAACAAAAAUGAAGGCUUCCAUGCAGACACCGGUACCUCACAUAGACAGCAGUUCUACCAAAUGCCCAUGGCCGCCAGGGGACCUCUUCCCACUGCUGCUCUGUUACAGAACUCUCCCAAGACCCCAGUGGGCUGCAACGCAUUUGCCUUCAACAGGCAUCUUGAGCAAAAAGCGUUGGGAGACGUGAAUCUCCCCACAGCACCUCACCAGCUAAGACUAGCCAAUAUGUUGUCCCCCAACAUGCCCAUAAAAGAAGGCGAGGAUGGGGGAGGUGCCACACACACAAUGCCAAGCAAAGCGGUGGUCCACGCUCCACUGCCACCUCCCCCACCUCCUCCCCCACCGCCCCCUCCACCCUCGGCCUUGCCCCCACCACCCCCUCCACCCCCUCCACUACCUCCACCUCUUCCCACUGUAGAAGUCCCACCUGACCAAAAGCAGCCACCAGUUACCAUGGAAACCACUAAGCGACUUAGUUGGCCCCAGCCCACCGGCAUAUGUAGCAAUAUCAAGUCAGAACCUCUUUCUUUUGAGGAAAGUUUAAGCAGCAGCUGUGAACUGGGCAUGAAACAGGUUCCCUAUGACCAGAAUGAGGUGAAGGAGCAGCUGAAGGCUUUUGCAUUAAAAAAUGCAGAUUUUUCUUCCUACUUACUCUCUGAGCCCCAAAAGCCUUUUACCCAAUUAGCUGCUCAGAAACUUCCGGUACCCCAGCAACAGCCGCUCUGUGGAAGUUACCCGACCAUACACUUUGGGAGCACAAAUUUCAAAAGGGCAGCGUCUGCCAUUGAAAAGUCCAUUGGGAUUCUGGGAAGUGGCUCCAGCCCUGUCACCACCACCACCACGGGCCUGGCAGGUCAGACCACCCAGAUGCCAGUUCAGAACUUUGCAGACAACAGCAACGCAGAUGAGUUAGAGCUGAAAUGUUCUUGCCGCCUCAAAGCCAUGAUUGUGUGCAAAGGCUGUGGUGCCUUCUGCCACGACGACUGCAUAGGUCCAUCCAAACUUUGCGUAGCUUGCCUGGUUGUCCGAUAAGAGCGGAGGGAAGGAUUCAGUACCCCUACCUUGCACCCCAGUUUUUUAACAUGAAAAAAGCCUAACGUCAUUAGCAAGGAGUCAAGUACAGCCUUGGCUUCUGUGCCGACAUUUUCAUUAAGAAGUAAGUCAUCUUGUUUUUUUUUUUUUUUUCUAGGUGAUCAUUUUCUUACAUUUCUCAUACAGGGGAUGAUGCAACGCACGUGAGUGAAUGGCUUUUGCCUGUUCGGUCACGAUGCACAGCUUGGAGUGUUAAUGUGAACACAAGUCACUGACUCAUAUUUUUUUUUCAUUUUGAUUUUUUUUUCUUUCAACCCAGGCCUAGACAGUUAGGGCAUAGCAAGUUGCCUAAUCACCAGAUAUGUAGCUGUUGAUAAACUAUGAACAGCCUAGCCUGGUGUCCUUCCAUAGUUUCGACAUCACAGCAAGCAUUUCUGCUGGGGGACCUACCCUUACCCAGUGCUUCAAGUCAGAGUAGGAACGGGAGCCUGCUUUAAAAAUGUGAUUCCUUAUAUUGCUUCUGAUCACAGAAGGUACGUGAAGGAUGGGUCUGUGGAGUCCCCUGCCCCAGCCCCCUUUCUUCCCUUCUUACUCUUUCUCAGAGACUGGCAGGAAACCUAAGUUGGCUUUGGAUUUUGUCCACAAAUUGUGGUUGAAUAUGUAUUGCAUCUGAUUUGACAACUGGGCUUUGUUCAAUAGGUGGUCUGAUUGUAGCCCUUGAAUAUUCAAAACUGUAGGAUCCAUUGACUCAUACAUAGUCAUGGGCCCAGAGUAUCGUGGCAUUCCACAUGUGGCUUUUAAGAGCAAAUAUGAAAAUCUGUGCCCUACCUAAUAUUAAAAGCAGACAAUAAAAUGCCAUACAUGCAUUAUUGUGGGCUGAUGAUAUCGAAUGUUAGCCAUUCUACUCACUCUCUUCCAAAUACCACAUGGAAAUCGGGCAUACAUGGAGCUGAUGCAGCCCUCAGUCAUGCCAGGCUCACCCUGGCCUUUCCAGAGAUUGGCCACCUCUCUUCACAGUUGUCACUGAUGACAGUGACUACAGAAGGCAGUAUGAAUGAUGACAUUUUUCAGAACCAUUUAUUCCCUCUUGAUUCACAUUCUCUAUACAGUUGCCUUUGACUCUGAAAUAACUCUUAUUUGAAACAAAAUGCUCCCUCCUGCAUGUGUCGCUGUUUCAUUCCUCGUACCUAAGAGAAUGGAACUGGAAAGGGAGCCUUGCAUCUCACACAGUUCCCUUCGAAGUUUAUCCGGUAAAAACGGAGGAGUUCCUUCCAUAUACUGACUACUUGCCUUCCAGAGACAGCUGUGCUUGAUGAGAGGCUCGGUUCCCCAAAGCAAGCUCAAAAGCACAGGUUCACGACUGGAAGAUGAAAGGAAGGAGACGUACACCCAUUUAAUUGAGAUUCAUAGCACAAAAUGCAGUGCCAUUAGCCCAUUGGUUGUGCCUAUAGAGUUAAAAGAAUUCAGAGUGGAAGAAAAUUACGUGUCUAGGGUAAGAGUGACAUGUGGGGGUCAUCUUUUCAAUGUAAACAUGUUUGACAUUCCUUGAAAAUGCAUCUUAAAAGUCAACCAGAAUGAGUAGAAAAAUACAUUCCUGAAACAAACAAAAGCCACGUUUUAAAAAAAAAAACAAAAAACAAAACAACAAGAACAAAAAUAAAAACAUAACCAACUGUGGUGGGGUUUUUUUUCCCCUCUAAAUUUAUUAUUGUGAUGUUGCCAAAUUUCUUUAGGUGACAGAGACAUUAAGAAACCACCGAACUUGAAAGAUCCUUUCCUCCUAAGACAGAAAAGCAAGGAAAGGCCUGCCUGUGGCUGAUUCGGGCUCUUUGCUGCCUUUCCAUAUUAAAGCUAACAUAAUUGACAGUGGAGAAAGCCAGCAGUGCAUUUGUCUAGCCAGCUACACCCCAGGACUGCAGCCUUAAGGCCUGGGUGGUGCCCUGCCAGCCCUGCCAGGGUGUGUCUGCAUGCUGUGCUUAUCAGUGAUGCCCUUAGGGUAUGCUUGGGUAUGAUAUCACCUUAAUUUUGAAGAGUGUGCUCUUAGCCUCACAGCUGGGCACCCCAGUCCGCAAUGACACUUGCAUGCCAACCCCUUCCUGUUUAAUCGCUGCUAUUCCAGCGCCAGACACUGUCUACACCAGCAGAUUCUGAACUACAACGCCAGUACCUGACACCUGUUAAGGAAACCCAAGUCUACGAAGCCUUUGCACUCUGUAUGAGAGGGACAGUUGAGGCUGGAGGGAUACUGAGCACACUGUCAGUUGCACCUUUGUUGAGUACUGCCUGCCAAUUGCUUCCUGGGAAUAAAGAAAAGUGUCCUUCUGUAUGUCUGGAUUUUUCACAUAGUAAGUUUGGAGAUUCUAAUGUUGAUAGCGCAUGGAUUCUGUCACCCAGGUCCAAAGAUCUUAAUUUUUCUACAUCUUCCUUUUCUGCCCCAGUUCAAAUUCUACGGCUUGGUUUCCUGAGGUAGUAUCAUUGGGGCGACUACAAUAAUGAAAUUCAGAAGCAAAAUGUUGGCGAGGUAUUUUGUAGGUAUGCACUUCACCUUUCUAUAAAAGCCAGCAUAUCUGAAUUAGGCGAGCAGCUUCUCAGCUUCCUGAUUCUACGUGUUUCCGCGUGUGUGCAACUUGACAAUGUCAUUGACUAUGCUGUUAUGGUGAUGUAAUGUGCAAACUUCAUAUGUGCAUUUUCCUGAACAUUGGGAAUUAUUGGUCCCCUAUCAGGAACAGAACUUGCACAUGUAACAUGUAUUUAUUUUUAAUCACAAAGGAUGUAUUUCUCAAAAUAGCACUUUCGGAGCAGGGGAGGGAGGGAAACGGCCAUGCUUUAUUCCCCUCUGUGUGAUAUGCAUAUGCCUGAGGUGUAUAAAACAUUUAGCUAGUUAAUGGGCAUGUUAAUAAAAGCAUUCUGAUGCAAACUUCAUUUUCAAAAUGAAAAUAUUUAUCCUUCCCAAAGUAAGAAUGCAAAAUCCAGUGACUGGAGCACUACAGUUAUGUAGACUAUUUCCCGGUGAAGGCCCAGCAUUACAAAACAGACUUGAAAACCUCUGAGGCUGAGCCAGGUUCCUAGAAAGACUUCAUAGCGAUGUCUAUUUCCGAGGUGAGCUAUAGAGGCAUAGCUGACUUCUGGACCUGGAUCUUCUUAUUCAGUUCAAAAAUUAGCCUACAGAAAUCGCCUGGUGCCUGUGGUGCUUUAUAAUGUAGUCCGAAAUAUUGUUUUUUUAAAGUACAUGAUGCUGCAAGCCUGUUUCCUUUACAAACACUCGCACAAUUUCAAAAGAGGGAUUUGCUGUGGCCAGUCUCCCUGCUUCUUCCCGUGGGGUGUGAUGAAGCCUGGGUGUUAGAUGCUGAAGUCAGGUUUAGUCCUCUAUGGUCCUAGCCUGGUGUGGACGCUCGGCAUCCUAAUAGCGGCCUGGGAUAGCUACCCCAACGAACACACACAGCUCAGACUCAAGUCCAUCUUUGUUCCCCAAGAACAAUGUGAAGAGUCCUGGAACAGAACUCAUCAACUGUCAGGGGCCUAUGUAGCCAAAAUGUCACUGUAAGAAUCGUGUUGCCUCCUGCUCUCAUGUUUGUCACAGUUAGCAAGCAAACGGCAUUUCUACUAUAAUUUAAAGGAGCUGCUUUUUUAAAUAGCAUACACUAUUUAGCUUUGAACUAUAUUUUAUAGUCACACAAUAAUCUAGACUGUAGAGAGAAUUCGUUGUGUUUGUGCUGUUCACGAAUGUUCCAGAAAAGUGCUUUACCUGGCUCCCCUCAUUUCCCGACUCUGCUGUAUUCCCUCCCUGCUUUGCAGAAAUCCGACCUCGGUUUGUUUUCAGUACCAUUUGUUUUCGUGCGUCUGUUCCUUCUUUCGGUCAGUAUUCUAAAUGUUUACAUCUGUUUGAUAUUAGCCGUGUGAUGCCUUUUUUUUUCCCAAAGGCAGAAUUUACUCCUCCAGCGUGACAGCAAAAUGUGAAGUCAACCUGAACACACCAUGCGUGGCACACACAGACUGGGGGGCCAAGGCCCUGAUUGUACACAGACAUUUCCUAUCAGCAUAGAGAACAGUGAAACCCUCCUUCAGUCCUCUACCAAAGAAUAUAUUAUUCCCACAGGAAAAACUCAGACAGGUGUGUAAAGCCCUCAGGAGGGGGUGCAGUUGAUCCACGAGACUGCUACAACGGAAUCACGUUAUGCUUGCUUUGAUACCUGACUAAAUGUGACUGGCUGAGACAAGCAUUUCAAAAGGAAGUUUUAGGCAGUGUUUUGUUUAGAAUUCAGGGAUCAUGCAUUCUUUAAUGGUGCUGUUUGGUUUUCUGUUUUUGUUUUUGUUUUUUUUUUAAUUUCUUUUCUACAAAGAAUAAAAAGUGUUGCCUACAAAGUGACUGCUCAUGAUGAUGUAAGUUAAAUGGAACGUCCGUCUCUAUGUUUCUAUGUUUCCCCCUUUCUCUGAGUAAGAAUUUGGUUUCCAUAUCAAAAUAUUCUGGAGAAAAUAAAGAAAUGAAAACACGAAA